GCAGGGUGGGGGAGAAGGAGGGAGAGGAAGCGGCAGAGGCAGCAGCUCCUUUGAUAAGCAGCUUCCUGAACACUUUCAAACCGUGGCGUUAGACCGACACGCGGUGUCUGCAGGCCUGUGCCGGGACCGACGGAGCCCACGUCGUGGGGCAGCAGCUGCUUCUCCGAUGGCUCCUUGAUUCCCCAGGAGCUGAGGGCCCCCUGUGUCCACUCCCCGUGCUUCAGGACAAGGGCUUCGUGUCUGCCGCAGCAUGGUACAAGCCUGCUUGGUGUGCUCCAGAGUUCAUAACAGCAGCCUGACCGCCUGGACAGCCGCGGCAGACAUGGACAAGACGGACAAGCCCAGUCCCUCUGCCAAGAAGCACGUGCGUCUUCAGGAGAGGAGGGGCUCCAAUGUAUCGCUGAUGCUGGACAUGAGCUCACUGGGGAAUGUGGAGCCCAUCCAACCUGUCUGCACACCACGGGACAUCACGCUGAAGUUCCUGAGGACGUCCAGCCAUGUGCUGAGGAAAGAAGAGCUCCAGCAGCGCGCCCAGAGCCUGAUGCAGCUCCAGGAGGAGUUUUCGAAAAUCCCACCGAACUUUGUCAGUCCGGAGGAGCUAGAGAUCCCUGGACACGCUCCCAAGGACAGAUACAAAACCAUCCUCCCCAAUCCCGAGAGCCGGGUCUGUCUCAGGAGGGCCGGAAACCAGGAAGAAGACAGCUACAUUAAUGCAAACUACAUCACGGGCUACGCAGGGCAUCCCCGGGAGUACAUUGCCACCCAGGGACCCAUGCUGAACACGGUGAUCGACUUCUGGGAGAUGGUGUGGCAGGAGGAGGUGCCCCUCAUCGUCAUGAUAACCGAGCUCCAGGAGCGCAAAGAGAAAUGUGUCCACUACUGGCCCGAGAAGGAGGGCACCUACGGCCCCUUCUCCAUCUGCGUGCAGGGGGUGAGCGAGUGCGUGGAAUACGUGGUGCGCGAUCUCUCCAUCCAGCAUGCAGGUGAAUGCCGCCACGUCAAGCACAUCCUCUUUCCUUCCUGGCCGGACCAGCAGACGCCUGAGUCAGCCAAGCCUCUGCUGCACUUGGUGUGCAAGGUGGAGGAGACUCUGAAGGCUGCAGCCAGCCCAGGGCCCGUUGUUGUGCACUGCAGCGCAGGCAUCGGCCGGACGGGCUGCUUCAUCGCUACCAGGAUCGGGUGCCAGCAGCUGAAGGACAAGGGGGAGGUGGAUGUCCUGGGAAUCGUGUGCCGUCUCCGCAUAGACAGGGGCGGGAUGAUCCAGACGAGCGAGCAGUACCAGUUCCUCCAUCACACGCUCGCUCUCUACGCUGCCCAGCUGCCGGAGGCCAGGGGCCACUAGCGCAGGGUCGCUCCCAGCUCUCCUGCACCAGCCUCAGGGACAGCUCCGCCAAAACCCCUCCUGCUGCCUCCGAGCAGCGGGAUUAGCAUCCCUCGACCAGCACAGCCCAGCCAAACCCUUGUGGAAUGUGGUGGCCUUGCGCCCCUGGGGACAAGCAGGGUUUGGUGGGUUCACGGGAGGGAUUCAGUGGUGCUUGAGGCAGCCGUUGCUGCUGGCUCAAGGCAAAUUCACCCCUGGAAAGAAGCUUUGGCUUCUGAAACACGCAACAUUUUAUCGUCAACCGGAAGAGCAAGCCGUGCGGGACACUGAAGCUGGGUGAGCGCCGGGAGCACGGUUUGCCUUUUAGCUGCACAGAAAUGAUUAACCCAUGAGACGUGGAGCUGGUACAAUUACCUUGCAAAUAAACAGAGCCUCUCUCUC